UCAUAUUUAAUUGUUUUACUGCAUGUUAUUCUGGUGGGAGGUCAACUUGCAUGGCUUCCAUGGAGUGUAGUUCCACCAUCUCUGUCACAAUUACAAGUGCUGUCCGCUGACUCAGCUGUCUCACUUCAGGUAUUUCUUCUUGGCAAAAUGACAUAGGUACAGUGACACUGCAGCAUGGUUUGUAAUAGGAGGGACUGGACACACACUGGGUGGUGCAAAUGCUUAACAUGCUUGGCUACCAACUGGAAGGUUGGCCUUUUGAAUCUAUCCAGAGGCACCUCACAGGAAAGGCCUGGUAAUCUACUUCCAACAAAUCAGCCAUUGAAAAUCCUGUGGAGCACAGUUCUACACUGAAACACAAGGGGUCACCAUGAGUAGGCGUUGCCAUGAGCGGGAAUCGCCACAAACGAGAGUCAACUCAAUGGCAAGUGGAACUGGUAGGCACAGUGCAGCUGUGAAAAAGGAGAGGCUGCUCUCUAGGUACUGAUGGCGUACCAAGAACAACAUAUAUUGUUGAGGAGAAAGGGCAAGGUUGAAAACAGUACACAAAGCCUGUUGCCAUUUGUGUAAAAAAAGAGAAAACAUGUAUGUCCAUACUUGCUUGUAUCUGCCUAAAAUUUCCCUGGAAAGACACACAACUACCUGGUCACAGUGGUGCCUACAGGGAAGGGAACUGGGUGGCUCCCCAGGACAAGGGCAGGAGAGAAUUUUUUUUUACUCCAUUCCUUUUUAUAGCUUUUGAAUUUUGAGCCAUGUGAAUAUAUCACCUGGUUGAAAAAUGAUACAUAUGUGAUCACUAUAUAUUAUAUAUUUAAUUGUGAGAACCACUGCCAUAUCUGUGGUCUGUCACUGACUUGCUGGGUGACCUUGGGCCAGUUUCUUCACAGCUCUGGGCCAAGGUAAGAAGCCAUGAUAGUGAGCCCCCAAAGGGGCAGAGGGCAAUCAGGACAGAAGUGGGCUGUGGGUCUGCUUCACUUCUACCACCCCCAUCCUCUGUGCCAGGCCCUUCCCUAAGGGUUUGCAUGUGGCAUCUCCCUCACUCAGUACCCACUGCAAGUCCCUCUGUCCUCAUUUCCAGAGGUGCAAAUCAAGGCCCAGAGGAUCAAGCUGGUAGAGGUGGGCAGCUGGUGGGCCAGGCAGGAGCUUACUGCCCACGGUGUCCAUGCCCACACCACUCCCACAGCCUGCUCACCUCCCCCUUCCUGAGGUUUAUACAAAGCGCCCUGGGCAAGGCUGACUCCUGGGAAGGCCAGAGCACAAACAUUUCAGGGGGACUCCAGAAAUAGUGCAGAGUUGGCGCGGCACUGGAGGGGCCCAGCUGGGUGUCUAUGACCCAGACAGCUGGGCUGAAAUAGAGCUGGGCUGCCUGACUGGCUGGUCUCCUCCUGCUGCCUGGAGCCUCUGUGAUCCCCUGGGGCAGGCAAGGGUCUCCGCCUCCCACCAAGUCUGGGCCAGGCUUCCAUUGAAGGGAAAGAGAGAAGCAGGUGGAAGGAAGAGGAGGAGGGGGCAAGAAUGUCAUGUAAAUUUAUAAAUAUCAGAAAACACCCCCACCCAACGAAGGAUAAACAUCACAAACAUCUUAGUAUGUACCAGGCACUUGACAAGUAUGUAAAAGUACAGCUCUGAACUCAUUUAAUUCCCUCAGCUCUAUGAUAGAACGUAGUUACUGCUGUUAGAGCUUCCAUCUUUAUUGUUGUUGUUAGCUGCUGUCGAGUUGGCCCCUGACUCAUGGCGACCCACGCACAGCAAAACAAAGUACUACCUGGUCCUGCACCAUCCCUAUGAUUGGCUGCAGAUUGGACCGCUGGAUCCAUAGGGUUUUCACUGACUGAUUUCUGGUAGUAGAUUGCCAGGCCCUUCUUCCGAUCCAUCUUAGUUACUGCAGUUAUAGUUUUCACCUUAUAGAGGGGAAACAAGAGAGGACAUGAAGAGGUUCAGUAACUUGCCCAAGGUUACCCACACCUGGGAUCCAAACUCAGGCAUUCUGGCUCCAGACUCCGCACUCUUAACCAUUACUUCGUGCCACUGGUAGAUUUGCAGCCUUCUAGAGAAGUGUUCUGGGCUGAGGAAUGCCGCACACAGGAUCUGGGCACUGGAGGAUCUGUUCGGUUGAAUAGCAGUCUUAGUUAUCUAGUGCUGCUAUAACAGAAAUACCACGUUUGAGUGGCUUGAACAAACAAAUUUAUUUUCUCACAGUUUUGGAGGCUAGAAGUCCAGAUUCAGGGUGUCAGCUCCAGGAGAAGGCUUUCUGUCUUUGUCGGCUCUGGAGGAAGGUCCUUGUCUCUUUUGAGCUUCUGCUCCUGGAAAAUCUUCAUAUACCUUGGCAUCUCUCUUCCCCCAUCUCUGCUUUCUUAAUCUGCUCCUUCCAUAUUUUAUAAGAGAUUGACUCAAAACACACCCUAUAUUAAUCCUGCCUCAUUAACAUGACAAAGAGAACCCAUUCCCAAAUGAGAUUAUAAUCACAGGCAUAGAAGAUAAGAUUUACAACACAUAUUUUUGGGGGUCAUAAUUCAAUCCAUAACAUUCUACCCUCUGGCCCCCCAAAAUUCAUGUCCUACCCACAGGCAAAACACAUUCACCCCAUCACAUCAUCCCAAAAGUCUUAAAUCAACUCCAAGUUCAAAAUCUCAUCUUCUGAAUCAUCUAAUCAAAUAUGGGUGAGACUUUAGGCGGAUUCCAUCUUGGAGCAAAAUUCAUCUUCAUCUGUGAACUUGUGAAACCUAUAAUACAAGUUAUCUGCUUCCAGGGUACAACGGUAAAACAGGCAUAAAGUAGACAUUUCCAUUACAAAUGGGAGAAAUUGAAGGGAAAGAAGGGAUAACAGGCACCAAGCAAGUCUAAAACCUAGCAGAACAAUUUACAUUAGCUCUCAAGGGCGGCCAUGCUCUCUGGAUUCUGGGUGGAGACCCCUUGGCCCUGGGCUUCACCUCUGCCUUCCAGGCCCACUGGGACAGCAACUCUUUUCCCUUGGCUUUGGGUGGCUCCAUUCUCCUAGACCAUCUGAGUGGUGACCCCACCCCCUGAGCCCAGGCAGUCCCCAUUCUUCUGCCCCUUGGGCAUGGCAGCCCUACCCCCUCAGCUUUGGCAGUGUCCCCGUCCCUUUGGUACACCUUAAUGGCAGCCCCACACUCUGGAGCUAAGUUGGCAAAGAUGCGACUCUUUGAAACCUAGGAGGCUGUGGCCCCACCCUUUGAGAUCCAGGAGACCGUGGCUCCACCUUUUGAAACUCGAAAGGCUCUGCAUCCUGCGCUCCUUCCAACAGUUCUGCUGAACUCUGAGCUGCUCCAGGGAUGGUUCUUUUCUUUUCUUGGAGGAUAAGAAAUGUACCUCCUUUGACUUGUUUUCUGCUUGUAGGAUGCAAAGAGGCAGACAGUGUUCUUUCCCUUCACCCUGUCUCUGACCCCUUCAGUCUAAGCUGAUGGGUUUUCUAAUGUGAUAGUUGGUUAGAUCCAACACAAAAGAUUGUGUAGCCACGUCCUUGGUGAACAUUCUAGGAUAUGUUUCCUUAGUUUGUACAACAGAAUUUUCCAACUCUUUAAGUUUUGUUUUCAUUUUGCACAGUUCAUUUUUAAGUCCAUCUCUUUCCUCUCGCAUUUUAGUAUAAGCAGCAAGGAGAAACCACGCAGUCCCUUUAAGAUCUUGCUUAGAAAUCUCAUCAGCCAGAUACCCAAGUUCAUCACUUACAAGUUCUACCAUCUACCAAACAUUUGAACAUAAUUCAGACAAAUUCUUUGCCACUGCAUAAAAAGCAUCACCAUUCCUCCAUUGUCUGAUCACAUGUUCAUUAUUUUCUUUUAAAGCCUCACCAGAAGUGUGUUUAAUGUUCACAUUUCUAGCAACAUUCUGUUGCUGGCACUGUAUGUAUUCUCUAAGACAGUAGAGACUUUCUCUACAGCUCUCCUCAUUUCCUUCUGAACUUUUACCAGAAUUGCCUUUGACGUCCAUAGUUCUACCAAUAAUCUCCUCAAGGCAAUUCAGGUGUUUACUAUUAGCACUUUAAAACUCUUCUAUCUUCUGCCCAUUACCCAAUUCCAAAAUUGCUUCUACAUUUUAGGUGUCUAUUAGAACAGCACCCCACUCUCCAUACCAAAUUCUGCCUUUAGUUAUCUAGUGCUGGUAUAACAGAAAUGCCACAAGUGGAUGGCUUUAAGAAACAGAAAUUUAUUUUCUGACUGUUCAGGAGGCUAGAUGUCUGAAUUUAUGGUACUGGCUUGUUAUGGAUUGAAUUCUGUCCUCCAGAAAUGUGUGUUAACUUGGCUAGGCCAUGAUUCUUUGUGUUGUGUGACUGUCCACCAUUUUGUCAUCUGAUGUGAUUUUCCUAUGUGUUGUAAAUCCUACCUCUAUGAUGUUAAUGAGGCAGGAUUGGAGACGGUUAUGUUAAUGAGGCAGGAAUCAAUCUACAAGAUUAGGUUCUAUCUUGUAUCUCUUUUGAGAUAUAUGAGAGAGAAGCAAGCAGAGAGACAGGGGACCUCCUACCACCAAGAACGAAGAACCAGGAGGAGAGUGUGUCCUUUGGACCCAGGGUCCCUGUGCUGAGAAGCUCCUAGACCAGGGGAAGAUUGAUGACAAAGACCUUCCCCUAGAACCAAAAGAGAGAGAAAGCAUUCCCUGGGAGCUGGUGCCCUGAAUUCAGACUUCUAGUCUCCUGUACUGUGAGAGACUAAAUUUCUGUUUGUCAAAGCCACCCACUUGUGGUAUUUCUGUUAUAGCAGCACUAGAUAACUAAGAAACUUGGUUCUAGGGGAAUCCUUCCUCUCUUUAUCGGCUCUGGAGGAAGAUCCUUGUCUCUUCUGAGCUUCUGCUCCUGAGCAGUCUUCAUGUGGCUCGGCAUUUCUCUUCCCCCAUCUGUUUAAUCUCUUUUAUUUCUCAAAAGAGAUUGACUCAAAAUAUACCCUACAGUAAUCCUUUCUCAUGAACAUAACAAAGACAACCAAUUCCUAAAUGGGAUUAUAACCACAGACAUAGAGGUUAGGAUUUGCAACACGUUUUGGGGGUACAUAAUUCAACCCAUAACAAUAGUCAUCACAGUUCACACGUUGAUGGCAUUUGUCAUACGCAGCCUCACUAUGGAAGAAAAGCUGUUAUGCGUCCCAUUUUACAGUUGGAGAAACUGAGGCAUGGAGAAGUUAUGAAUCUUACUCCAAGGUCUUAGCUAAUCACUGGAGAAAUGGGGACUUGCCCCCCGGGUAGGUUGGUUCCAGAGUCCAUGCUCCUGUCACCUACAGAGGUGGCCAGAGGAUGGGGUUUGGACAUAGUAUGUUUGGACAAAGAACGUGGCUCAGCUAGAGGUCACCAAAACUCCGUUUGAAUGAGGGCAUCUUGAGGCUGGAGGAGGAGCUAAACAGGUGGGGGAGCCUCAAGCAGGGUGGGUGAUUGGCGGAGGCUUGGUAAUGAGGGACCUUGGCCUUUGAGGUAGCCUGGGUUCCAGCCCAGCCCCUUGGUCAAUGGUGUUCUGGGAGGAAGAAAACAGAAGGGUGUGAUGGUGCUCACAGCACAGUGUAGGGGACAGGAAACAGGUGACAAAUAAGAAAAUGUUUAAAAUGAUAGGAUGUGAUGAGUGCUUGAAAGGGAAUAAUUGGUGGGAGCUUCUCGGUGGUCUGGGAGCCCUCUCUGAAAGGUGAUAUUUGACAUGAGACUCAAAGGAGGUGAGGGAAGAGAACAACAGGUGCAAAGGCCCUGAGGCAGGAGAGACCUUGGUGAGUUUCAGAACAUCAGGGCUGUGUGGCUGGAACAGGAGAGAGAAUAGAGAUGAAGAUGGAGAGGUGGGUAGGGGCCAGAUCUUGGACGGCCUGAGAGCCUAGUAGGGAGUUUCAAUUUCAUUCUAACAUGAUGGGGAGUCACAGGAGGGUUUAAGAAAAGCAGCGAUGGGAUCUGAUUUUUGUUGGGAAAAUAUUGCCUUAUCAAUGCCUCCAUUUUACAGCUGAGGAAACUGAGGGCCAGGGCCAUAGCUAGGGAGUGGUUCUUGAGGUAGCUUUUCCCUCCAGGGACCGGGGGAGGGGGAUGCUGUAGAUUCCUCAGGAGUCCCCUGGGGGGUGUACCUGGUGAGUGGCCCAAGGGUAACACUGAAGACUGUCUCCUCUACAUCCCCUCCCCAGACCCAGGCCUGGGUUCAAACCCCAGCUCUGCCAUUUACCAGUUGUGUGACCUAGGGUGAGUAGAUCUAUUUUUCUGUGCCUCAGUUUUCUCAUCUCUAAGAUGGGUAUGAUAGUAGUACCUACCUCACAGGGUAUGAGGACUAAAUGAGUUAACAUACCUAAAGAGCUUAGAACAGUGUCUGGUAUGUAGAAAGUGCCCAGAAAUGAUUAGUUCUUACCUAUUUUAUUAUGAAAAUUUUAAUUGUUAUUUUUGUUUUAACUACAAUUACUGCCUGACUGAGCCUCCCCUCUCCCCUCCCCAGCUCCCACUGUUGUUGCCUUGGUGGAGGGUCAGAGGGGAUUGGUGGUCUUGCCACUCCUAGCCUCAGCUCAAAGUCAGGCCCCAGGGGCUGGUGGAGGCUCAGGGCUGAGUCACUCCUAAGGGGAGGAGAGCUGUUUUCUGAGUCACUUCCUGCCCCUCAUGCCCCCACCCCAGUUCUGGCCCAGCCUUCCCAGUACCCCCAGGCACAGACAUGGAACUGGGCCCCAUCGGCCUCCCCAGGGCUCAGAUCUGAGGCCUGUUGGGCGCCUCCUCCUCUGGGCCUCAGGACCUCAGCGGAAGAUGGCCUGACUACGUGUGCCCACCAGAAGUGACGAAAUAGGGCUUGGACUGGCAGGGAGCAUCACUUCCCUCCCAGGGAUUCCUUCCUCCAGGGCUGCAAUCUCCUCACCUGUAAAAUGGGGAGUAAAUAGUACUUCCCUCCGGGGGUCCGGAGGUUUAAGUAAGUCGGUACAGUGCCUGGCACUCAAAAAUUCCAGCUGCUGCUGUUGUUGUGAUCAUUAUUACUGCUAAUUGGUAGUGAUUACAGCUUGCACAAAACAUGGAGGUUUGCCGGGCAUUCCCAGGCCCAUAGAGCUCGCACUGGCCUGGCUGGGAAGGUGGGACCCUCCUUACUUGGCAGAAUGGAGGGCCAGAGAGAUCCACCAAUUUGCCCAGGGACACAGCUAGAAAGGGUUGGCAUUCAGACUUGGUCUGGAGGGAAAGUGCCCAGGUUGGACUCCCCGGGGUGACUUCGGGUAAGUGACUCAGCCUGUCCCAGCCUCAGUUUUCCAUUAGUUAAAAGGGGAUAAUAAUAGAGCUCACCUCAUAGGGGUUGUUAGGAAGAUUCAAAUGGUCGAUACCAGAAAAAACACCUUCUGGGCCUGGCACAGUGAAUAUUAGCUGGUGGUGAUUGGACUCUGCCUCUCUGAGGGGUUCAGUUUUUCUAUCUCUAAGAUGAGUGCACUUGUCUGAAUAGGUCACAGGGUCCCCAUGAGCUAGAUGUGCAGAUAGGGUUAGUACAGCUGGAGUUGGGUGGGCCCUGGCUCUCGGAAGAGUUUCCUAGGGUGGGCCAGAGGUGGUGGCCCUGCUCCUUGCGCCCAGCCAGCUGCUAGCACGCCUGGGCUCAGGUUCCGGCCCCUGCCUGGCUCUUUCCCCUUUUUCAAGUAACACCUGGGCCGGCGGGUUCACCGGCCCACACCCACCGGAAGUUGCGCAAACGCGGGUUACCUGAGUCCCAGGUGGGCUGGGCCAGAGGAGCGCAGGGCAGCGGCGCGGGCACAGCCAGGUAUCUGCAGGCCGGGGCGGGGGCGCCUGGCUGAGGUGGGAGAUGGCCCGGGCACCCCUCCUUCCCCUGGAAGGCGGGGAUGAGGCGGGGUCUCACCUUCUGGCCUGAACAGGAUUGCAGGGAUCGUGUAGUCAGCCUCGUCAUUCCAGAGCCAGGGCAACCGGGGCUCAGAGAGGGGCCGGCGAGCCGUCGGAGACACACAGCAAGCUGUCCCGCCCGCGGUCCCCUGCGCCAACGAGGGUGCCCAAGAUUGCCUCGAGGUGGGGAAGAGCAGACUUGGGAUGCGAGGUCGGCCCUUAUGCCUGCAGUCUGGUCCCGGAGAGCCCAUGGGGAGGGGGCGGUGUGGGGCUGUGUGCCCAGGGGUGCCAAAGAGAUGGGCCCCGGCGCCUCCGCAUUUGUGGGCUGCGUUUGAAAUUCCGUGCUCAGCAGGCGGGGUUGGGGCAUUCGGGGUGAGACGCGGCCUCAGAAGGGACACUGAAUCCCACCUGGGACCCUGGCUUCAACUCACAGGCACUGCCGCACCUCCGUUUGCCCACCUGUGAAAUGGGCCUUGUUCAGGUCAAUGUGCUGUUUAGCCUUUAUCAUGUGCCUGUCUUGUGUGCAGCUCUGCCUGGGACAGACCCUUCUGGAAGGUGCUUAGAGACCCCCCGAAGGAGGUGGUCUGAGCUUGACUGUCAAAGUAAUAAUAACAAGGAACCCUGUUCGUGGAGCGCUGCCUUUUCGACAGGUGCAGAGGAAAGGCCUUGACCUGCUUUAUCUUUCCAUCCUCACAACGACCUGGAGGUUCAGGAAGGUCUAUUUUUAUCCGCAUUUCACAGAUAAGGAAAUUGAUUCUGGGAGAGGUACUGUGGCAUGUUCAAGGUGCACAGCAGGUGGUGGGCGAGUGCCGGGUGUCCUCCAAACCCCAAAGCCAGGCGUGGCUCCUCUGAUCUGACCCUGCCUUCUGAGGAGACCCUGGGAUUGGCAGCGGUCACCGGCAUCCAGCUGCCAAUUUUCUGCCGGAUCUGUCUCCUCAUCUCUCCAGACUCCUUAGACUGAAGCCCGUGGGUUAUGUAACAGCCAUGCCUGUGGACACACUGGCCCCUGGGUCCCCAGCCACCCCGGCCCUACCUUUCCGCCUGCGAACCAAGGUCCCUGGCUACCUGCUGCGGCGGCCAGCAGAUGGUGGAGCCCGGAAACCUAGUGCUGUGGAGCGCCUGGAGGCGGACAAAGCCAAGUAUGUCAAGAGCCUGCACGUGGCCACCACCCGCCAGGAGCCCGUGCAGCCCCUGCUGUCCAAACAGCCACUCUUCAGCCCUGGGACUCGCCGCACAGUGCUCACGCCUAGCCGCAGAGCCCUACCCGGCCCUGGUCGCCGGCCCCAGCUGGACCUCGACAUCCUUAGUAGCCUCAUCAACUUGUGUGACAGUCCCGUGUCCCCUGUUGAGGCCAGCCGGAUCCCUGGACGGGCAGAAGGAACCCGUCAAGACCUUCCAGCCACCCCCCCACGGCCACCACCCAGCACGGCUGCGGUCCGCCGAGUGGAUGUCCGCCCCCUGCCCGCCUCAUCUGCCCAACCUUGCCCAUCGCCAGGCAGUGCUGCCGCCUCUAGCCCUGCCCGGCCACCCGGUUUGCAGCGCUCCAAGUCGGACCUGAGUGAGCGCUUCUCCAGGGCAGCAGCUGACCUUGAGCGCUUUUUUAACUUCUGUGGCCUGGACCCAGAGGAGGCACGGGGACUGGGUGUGGCCCACCUGGCGCGGGCCAGCUCAGACAUUGUAUCUCUGGCUGGGCCCAGUGCUGGGCCAGGCAGCUCUGAGGGGGGCUGCUCCCGUCGCAGCUCUGCCACCGCUGAGGACCGGGCCCGGGACCGUGUCCCCUAUGGCGUGUCGGUGGUGGAGCGCAAUGCCCGCGUGAUCAAGUGGCUGUAUGGGUUGCGGCAGGCAAGGGAGACCCCGGCGGUGGAGUGCUAGGCUGCCACUGGACAAUGCAUUUGCACAGGACUGAUCUUAUAGAUGCAGUUGGCCCCUUGACCUCUCCUGGAUCCAUUCCCUGCCUCUAGUGAACUUGGUACAGGGAGGCAAAGGCUCAGAGACUAGACCAGCAUCCAUCUGGCAAGAACUGACCUUAGAGAGAGUUGCCUCUUGACCUUGGACCACCCGUACCCCACACAUGCAGGGUUUUUCACAUGCGUGUACCCCUGCUUGGUUCCUGUCCUCUGGCUGGAAUUGGGGCACUUUUUCCUCCCCACCCAAAGUUAGGGAUCAUGGGAUCUCACAACUCCUGUCUACCCACAGGCUCUGUUUCCUCCUUCCUUCCUUGGCCUCUAUCAUGUGCUAACUUCCUCUUUCUUAACCAGUGGGUCCUGGUUCCCUGGGAACUUGCUUGGGGCAGGGGCAGGGAGAAGUUGCCUAUCCACUGUUCUCCAGGGUCUUUGGCAGCUUGGCCUGGGUGGGUAGACUAUAGGAGGGACUGGCUUGGAGUCAGCACUGCUUUGACUUGGUUAAUAAACACAAAUGCUUGUUUCUCAAGAGCUAGGUCUUUAGACUCUUCUGUGUUCACGAAAGGUAGGGUGGGGUGCAGUGGGCCUUCGAAUUCAGUCAUUGUUAAGCCCAGGAUCUGCUGAGGCAGGAUUUCAGCUGCUAGCCUGGCCUGACCUUGCCCUGCAGGGGGGGUCCUUCUAAGCCCUCUAGAAGACUGGCAGUCUAUCAACCUAUUUCACAGUGGAGGAAACUGAGGUCCAGCCUCAGAGUGAGUCUUGGUAGAGCUUGUCCCAGGAGUCUUUUCCUACAGGAGCGGGGCCUGCAUGGAAAGUUUGACAGGGAGACACGGACUCUCCCCUGACCGUCUGUGUUCUACCCUCUCUACCUCCUGCCCAGUUCCCAAGAGGAUGGGAAGCUCAGAGAGGCAAACCCUGAACUUGAGCUCACACAGGCCAUAGAGGGGGCCUUGAAAGUGAGAGUUCUUGGAGGAAGAGUGACUUGGGGUGGAGACCACAAAACCAAAGGCCUUAUGACCCUGGGCAACUCUGGCUGACCCUGGGCAAGCCAGUUUCCCUAUCAGGGCCUUAGCAGGAAAGUUGGAUGGCACAGCCCUCUUUGGGUUGGCAUAUGGUUGUGUUCUGGGUCUUUUGUGCCUGUAUUCCAGCAUCUGGGGACAGAGGAAGGAGGGGCUGGCAUUGGGCUUUGAAGGUCCGGCUCCUUCCCAUCUCCCAUCAGGUUUGCUGUACAUGAGGAGACCCUCCCUGCUGGAGCAGCGAGGGCUAAGGCCGUGGGUCUGGCACACAAAGGGUGAAAGCCUAGGGUGGCCUCUGGCUUUAGUCCCCCUUCCCCCUACCCGAGGUGGGAGUGGGGAGGGGCUGGGUGGCACUUCCUCUUCCAAAGGCUGCCUUGGCUGUGGCACUCAGAAACAGGAACCUCUAAUGGGGAGCUGAUGACAGGUUUGAUGUAGCUUUUAUUUUAAGCAUAAAGAGGAGAUUUCCGUCAGACUGUUGACAAACAUCCAGGUCAGCCCAGCUGUCUGUCUGUCUGACAGUCUACAACCAGUCUCUGGAGGCUUUGGCUGGACCUGAGUGGUUUGGGGAAAGAAGGGGAAAUUGGAUUCUAGAAGAUAAUGGUGCUUGAGCUCACAAGAAUGGAGUCCACCCCUGCAAGGUACAGAUGGGGAGACUGAGGCACAGGGAAGACAAUGACCUACCCAUAGGUGCCCAGUAGAUUUAACAGAGCCAGGCCUGGGCUUCCUGGGUCCCCACACUAAAGGAGUGAUAAAGUCAGGGAGGACAAUCCCAGCAGGCUCUGCAGAGCCAGUGGCCCCUGGUGUGGCAAAGAGCAGUCCCUCUGGGAGCCCUGCUGGAAUUCUGUGCUAAAGCUUUACCCCCUGCAGUGACCUGCCAGCCUCCCCAACACCUCUCAACCCAAGGAGGUGGGUGCAUUUUACAUGUGAAGAAACUGAGGUUCAGGUCACAGGUCUGGCGGGUAGUGGGGAGACCCCUUGUUUCUGAAGGCGGUGUAAAUGCUGGGCUCAGGCCCUUCACACCAUCCUCUCACUGACUCUCCGGGUGACACCAGGAGUAUUGUCUUAGAGCAGGAAGUCCUGUCACACAGCAGGUCUGCAGGACAUCCUGGGGUCACACUCUGGCCUGCUGGACACUCCAUAGCUAGCGGCACUAGGAUCCCUGAUUCUCCCGACGUAACCCACCUUUCUCCCCAGUCCUGGGAGCCUAGGGCCAUUCCUUGUGGCCGCUUUAUUGAGCACCUACUGCGUGUCCAGCAGUGAAGAAGAUAGACAUUGUCCCUGCCCUAGCCCGGGGGAAAGGAGGAGGUGGGAAAGGGCAAGUGGUCAGCAGCAAGCACAUAAAUGGUCAUAUAAUGUAGAGGAGGAACAUUGAGGGACUCCUGCGCUAAGACCAGAGCUGUUCCCAGGAGCUGGGCCAGGAGGUAGGAGAAGGGCAUUUCCAUGUCCUUGCUGGGAAAAGUUCAGGAAAGGAUUCUUGGAAGUGGAAGCCUCCAGGCUGAGCCUUGACUUUUCCAACAAGGCCUGAUUGAGAGUGCUCCCCCUCCCCAGGAUUCUGGAGCCUGCUAGCCUCCCAUGCGGGGCUCCCCCACCUGCCAGCCUGCCAGCCUCAGGGCUCUGCAAAACAGCCCCUCUAUUGUUCUACCUCUCUGAGCAGGAGUUGCUGCUUUUCAGCCUCUCAGAGGGCCUGCAGCUGCUGCCCCAUCUCCUGGGGCUGCCAUGCCUUGUAGCUGGUCCUCCAGGCAAGUGUGGCCCCAGCUGCCUAGCCCCUAAUUAGGCUAAGAUGAGACCUGCUUCCUGAUCCAUUUCCCACCAGCUAAUUAUAUAUACGUGGGCUUGGGAGAAGGCCACCUGGCUGCUCCUUUCUGUCAUGAAGGUGUGAUGGGCCCCUGGGAGAUGUACCCCCCGCCCGCUGGCCUCAGUUUACCCUUUUGACAGGGGCUGGGAUAUAGCUAGAGGGCCCUGUCCCUGGCCCUGGUGAGAUACUGAGUAAUGGUUCUGCUACCGAGGCAUUCAAGGGGACGAGGGGGAGGGGACCCCAUUCUGCCUGAAGCCCUAAGAAUGCAGAGGACGGAGGGGAUGAGGAAUUAGACUGGGGGUCCCUGACUCUGGGAUCUCAGAUGGGGGGACACAGGCACGGGUGUGGCGACACCUGCCCACUGGAGAGACAUGCACAUGGAAAGGCUUGGAGACCCUCUGGGCUCAAGACAGAGCAGCCUGUCCAGGAGUUUUUCUUCAAACUUAAUAUUAGCUUUCAGAUAAUACAUGCAUAUAUUGCCCCCAACAUUUUAUUAAGAAAAAUUCAAACAUAUAGAAAAAUUGAAAGAAUUGUACAGUGAACUUUCAUAUACUCACUACCUAGACUCACAAUUGUCAAUACUUCGGUCUAUUUGCUCUGUCAUGGACCUCCCUAUCUAUCCAUGCCUCUAAGCCAUUCACUAAUACAAUAUAUUUUGCCCUGGUGGUGCAGCGGUUAAAAGCUAUGGCUGCUAACCAAAAGGUCAGCAGUUCGAAUCCACCAGCUGCUCCUUGGUGGAUUUCUGCUAUGGGGCAGUUCUACUGAGUCCUAUAGGGUCUCUAGGUGUCAGAAUCGACUCAACGACAAUGAGUUUUUUUUUUUUUUUUCCGAAAGUACACAUUCCCCUUAAGCACAAAAAACAGUUUUGUUUUUUUUCCCAAAGUAUACAUUCCCCUUAAGCACUAGAGUCCAAUGUUUGUUGACAUUUUUUUUGGAGAUAAAAUUUACAUACAGCAAAAUGCACAGAUCUUAAAAGUACCAUUAAAAAAAAAAAUAGCACUAACAAAAAGCAGUAUUUCUUUGCCCUGCCCCUCCCCCUCCCAAUGCUGCUUUCCAAAGGUAACCACUUUCAACUCUUAGCUAUUUCUUCUGGUACUUUCCUUCAUAUUUUUAAAUAUGUCGUUGGUUUCUCGAUUGAUUAAUUUUAGGCAGAUGUUGACAGACUUCCUGGCCUGAUGUCUUCACAAGUGUGACCUUUGUAGCUUGACUGCUGGGUUUGGAUCCCAGCCAUUUCCCCACACUGGCGGUAUGACCUUGGGCAAGUGUCUUAAUCUUCUCGUGCCUCAGUUUCCUCAUUUGUAAAAUAAGAGUAAUAAAAGCAUUUAGGUUAUUGGGUUGUAGUGAGGAUUCAACAUGUAAAGUGCUUAGGAUAAUGAAUAUCACCCAGAAGUGGUCAAAAUGUGUUUUGUUAUAAUUAUUAUUCUCAGGGAAGGUUUCGCUUCUGUUCAACCCCCUCUCCUAUCAAUCUACAUUUAUUGAAAUUUUUCGUUACAUGAAUAUUUAACAUUUGUGAUAUUACGACUAUAUAAAUACUGCUCCCUGCCGAGCCAAGUCGCGUAUUAUGAUUAUACUUCCUUUCUUGUACAACGUUUUGUUUGUUUUUCCCCGUUACUACCUGCCUUCCUUUUUAUUUGCUUAGCUUCCUCUUAACUCACCCUAAGUCUUCUGACACCCUUCACUUCCCUGUAGUCACACAGAGCAGAUAUAUUUAUUGGUUCCAGUUUCCUUCCUGAAGCCCUUUAAGUGCAUUUUAACAUUUCUACACAGUCGCUAUGAGUCGGAAUCCACUCAUGACAAUGGUUUUUUUUUUUUUAAUGGAGUCCCUGGGUGGUGCAAAUGGUUAAACUCUCAACUACUAGCCAAAAGGUUGGUGGCUCUAACCCACCCAGUGGCUUCUCGGGAGACAGGCCUAGUGAUUUGCUUCUAAAAGGUCACAGCCUUGAAAACCCUAUGGCGCAGUUCUACCCUGCACACAUGGGGUCGCCAUGAGUCAGAAUCGACUCCACGGCAACUAACCACAACGACAAAACAGUGGAAACAAUUUCAAAGACAAAACUUCAAGCACCAGUGAAACCUCUCUGGAUAAGCAUUUGUGAGCGCCUGCUGUGUGCCCGGUGCUGCGUCUGGCACAACUGCAGCCAGAGAGAAGUGACCCGGCCCUCGGGGGUCUCUCAAAGGAUAAAAACUAAAGCUGCUCCCCACCCCACCCCCGGGUUUCCCCUUCUCCCCCACUCUUCAUUUACCUGUGGAACUCCUCAGCACCUCCCAGGAACCUCAGAGAGCCCAGAUUUACUCCUCUGUAAACUGGGGACCAUCCAGUCAUUCUGGAAUCACUUCCCAGCUCUGUGCUCUGGGGCUGUGUUCCGGGUGCGGGGACACAGCACUGAUCCCUCACUCCUACCUCGGAGGCACUCGUGGAGGGCUAGGAUGGCGGCGGGGGCAAGCAGGUGGUGGGCUUCCCAGAGGAGGUGCCAUUGGAGGAGGGUCCUGAUGGAUAGGGGCAGCGAACAGCCAUUACCAUGUGCGAGGGGCCGUGCUGAGACCUUCCAUGAGUUAUCAUAUGAUAUCCUCCCAACAACCCUUGGAGGGAAGUAAUGAGGGAGGUAAUAUUUUCAUCUCAAUUUCAUAGUUGGGGAAACAGGCUGAGAGAGUCCAAGUGACUAGCCCAAGGGCACACAGCUAGGAAGCUAGAAGGGCAGGAUUUGAAUCCAUGCGAUUGGGUUCCAAGGUCCAGCUCUUUCUUAACCACACACUAUACGGCCUCUCACAGGCAGGCUCCCAACUCUGGCCCCCGCCCCAUCUGUGGCUACCUGGUUUUCUCCCAUCUGCCCACUGGUGCCGACCUCUAGCUCAUCCUGUGCCCUUUGCUCUAUUCAUGCACUCAUUCCACAAAAAAUCUGCUGUGUGCCUUUUCCAUGCCCAGCACUGUGCAGGGUGUGAGUGCCAGGAACAGGGAGCUUGGGCAACGUCGGCCUUCCCACUCCCAGGCUGGUGUUUACAUCAAUAUGUGAGCAGCCUGGACAGUAGUUUGAGCAGAGGGGUAUGUGAGGUUAGGAGGGUGAUGGCUGGGUGUGUCUGUAUGCGACCUAUGAGGGGUAUGUGUGGGUGCUGACAGCUUCUUCUAUGGAAGGUCAUUUGUGCAUGUGUACAUAGGUGUGUACGUGUUGUCUGCAGAGUGUGUGUCCACCAGAUGACUGUUGUUGCAUAGCAAACCAUGCUAAACCCAGUGACCUAAAACAACAAUUGUUUAUCAGCCCAUGAUUCCGGAAUUUUGCAGUUUGGCCUGGGCUCAGUGGGGCAGUUCUUCUGGUCUUGCCUAUGCUCACUCAGGUAUCUGUAUCAGCUAGGCUGGCUAUCUCAGAUGAGCUCACUCACAUGUCUGACUGUUGGCAGGCUGUUUGCUGGGGGCCUCAGUUCACCUCCGUGAGGCUAGCUCAGGCUCAUUUACACAGUGGUCUCAGGGUUGCAUGUCCAACGCACAAGGCUUUUUAAGCUUCUGCUUGCACCAUGAUCACUAAUGCCCUAUUGGCCAGACAAAAUCACAAGGCCAAGUCAGAUUCAAGGGGUAGAGAAAUAGCCUCUGUCUCUUAGUCACAUUGCAAAAGGGCAUGAGCACAGGCAUGGGGGAAGUAUUGCAGCCAAUUUUCAAACAAUUUACCACAGCCUAUGUGUUCCAGGUAAAGUGUAGAGGAAAGUACCCAGCUUUGAAAUCAGACAAAUCUGGGUCCCAGUCCUUGCUCUGCCACUUCACCUCACCUUUGAGCUACUGUAAACUGGGUAAAAUUGAUUGAAAGGAGAUGAUCUUUAUAAAGUGCUUAUGCUAUUAAUUUGUUCGUUAAUGCGAUGCAUAUUUACUGAGGGCCUACUCUGGGCCAGGCAGCCACAUCCUGGGGAUGCAGCAGUGAACAAAAUGGACUAAAACACUUUCUUUGGGGAGCUCACAGCCUAGGGUCUGAACAGACAUUAAUUGAUCAUCCUGAUAAUCUUAUGAUCUAAGAUUAGGUCCAGGAAGGACAACCCAGAGUGGAAGGAGGGAUUUCUGACUGGCCAGGCAGGUUUGGGAAGCCUGAGAUAUUUGAGCUGAGAUGUGAAGGAUGGGUAGGCAUUAAUCAGGAGAAUAGGGGAUGGGAGCGGAAAAGGAUUCCAGAUUGUGGAAACAGCAUGUGCAAAGGCCCUGUGGUGAAAAGAGUCGGUUUGAGGAACAGGGAGAAGGUAGGUGGAACCGGACCUGGAACACAAGGGCCAGACUUUGUGGGGCCGUGAAACCUUUGAGCAAUGUGAGGCCUCCUUUGCCAGGCAGCCUGAAAUAAAACCCAAAGGCCUUACUGUAGCCUACAAGGCCCUAAUGAUCUGGUUCCCUGUUACUCCUCCAGCUCUCCCUUCAACCUCCCCUUUAUCCAUCCUUCUGAAGCCACACUGCUUCCUUGCUGUCCCAUUCCUGCCUCAGGGCCUUUGCACUUGCUGUUUCCUCUGCCAGUACCCAUCCUACCCCAGAUAUCUGCAUGACUCAUUAUGUCAUUUCAUUCAGGUCUCUGCCCACAUGUCAGCUCCUCAGAGAGGCCUUCUCUGCCUGGCCACCUCCCAACUAAACCACCAGCAUCUGUUUUAUUUUUUAAAUAUUUUGUUGUAUUUUUUUGGUGAAAGCAUACACAGCAAAACAGGUUCCCAUUCAACAAUUUCUACACAUAGUGUUCAAAGACAUUGGUUACAUUUUUUGCAUUGUGUCAACAUUCUCAUGAUUUCCAUUCUAGCUGUUGCAUUCCCAUUAACUUGGUCUCACUGCCCCUUCAACCUUCUCAACCAUGUUUAGAAUAACUGUGGACAAUUUGGUCUCAUAUGUUGUUGUUGUUGUUAGGUGCUGUCGAGUCGGUUCCGACUCAUAGCGACCCUAUACACAACAGAACAAAACACUGCCCAGUCCUGAGCCAUCCUUGCAAUUGUUGUUAUGCUUGAGCUCAUUGUUGCAGCCACUGUGUCAAUCCACCUCAUUGAGGGUUUUCCUCUUUUCUGCUGACCCUGUACUCUGCCAAACAUGAUGUCCUUCUCCAGGGACUGAUCCCUCCUGACAACAUGUCCAAAGUAUGUAAAAUGCAGCCUUACCAUCCUUGCUUCUAAGCAGCAUUCUGGCCGCACUUUUUCCAAGACAGAUUUGUUCGUUCUUUUGGCAGUCCGUGGUAUAUUCAAUAUUCUUCGCCAACACCACAAUUCAAAGGCGUCAGUUCUUCUUUGGUCUUCCUUAUUCAUUGUCCAGCUUUCACAUGCAUAUGAUGCGAUUGAAAAUACCAUGGUUUGGGUCAGGCGCACCUUAGUCUUCAGGGUGACAUCUUUGCUCUUCAACACCUUGAAGGGGUCCUUUGCAGCAGAUUUACCAAGUGCAAUGAGUCUUUUGAUUUCUUGGCUGCUGCUUCCAUGGCUGCUGAUUGUGGAUCCAAGUAAAAUGAAAUCCUUGACAACUUCAGUCUUUUCUCUGUUUAUCAUGAUGUUGCUCACUGGUCCAGUUGUGAGGAUUUUUGUUUUCUUUGUUUAUGUUGAGGUGCAAUCCAUACUGAAGGCUGUGGUCUUUGAUCUUCAUUAGUAUGUGCUUCAGGUCCUCUUCAUUUUCAGCAAGCAAGGUUGUGUCAUCUGCAUAAUGCAGGUUGUUAAUGAGUCUUCCUCCAACACUGAUACCCUGCUCCUCUUCAUAUAGUUCAGCUUCUGGUAUUAUUUGCUCAACAUACAGGUUGAAUAGGUAUGGUGAAAGAAUGCAACCCUGAAGCACACCUUUCCUGACUUGAAACCAAUCAGUAUCCCCUUGUUCUGUCCGAACAACUGCCUCUUGAUCUAUGUAAAGGUUCCUCAUGAGCACAAUUAAGUGUUCUGGGAUUCCCAUUCUUCGCAAUGUUAUCCAUAGUUUGUUAUGACCCACACAGUUGGAUGCCUUUGCAUAGUCAAUAAAACACAGGGAAACAUCCUUCUGGUAUUCUCUGCUUUCGGCCAGGAUCCAUCUGACAUCAGCAAUGAUAUCCCUGGUUCCACGUCCUCUUCUGAAACCGGCCUGAAUUUCUGGCAGUUCCCUGUCGAUACACUGCUGCGGCCGUUUUUGAAUGAUCUUCAGCAAAAUUUUGCUUGGGUGUGAUAUUAAUGAUACUGUUCUAUGAUUUCCACAUUCGUUGGAUCACCUUUUUUGGGAAUAGGCAUAAAUAUGGAUCUCUUCCAGUCAGUUGGCCAGGAAGCUGUCUUCCAUAUUUCUUGGCAUAGACGAGUGAGCACCUCCAGUGCUGCAUCCGUUUGUUGAAACGUCUCAAUUGAUAUGCCAUCAAUUCCUGGAGCCUUGUUUUUCGCCAAUGCCUUCAGAGCAGCUUGGACUUCUUCCUUCAGUACCACCGGUCCCUGAUCAUAUGCCACCUCUUGAAAUGGUUGAACAUUGACUAAUUCUUUUUGGUAUAAUGACUCCGUGUAUUCCUUCCAUCUUCUUUUGAUGUUUCCUAUGUCAUUUAAUAUUUCCCGCAUAGAAUCCUUCACUAUUGCAACUCGAGGCUUGAAUUUUUUCUUCAGUUCUUUCGGCUUGAGUGUGUUCUUCCCGUUUGGUUUUCCAUCUGCAGCUCUUUGCACAUGUCAUUAUAAUACUUUACUUUGUCUUCUCGAGACGCCCUUUGAAAUCUUCUGUUCAGUUCUUUUACUUCAUCAAUUCUUCCUUUUGGUUUAGCUGCUCAAUGUUAGAGAGCAAGUUUCAGAGUCUCCUCUGACACCCAUCUCGGUCUUUUCUUUCUUUCCUGUCUUUUUAGUGACCUCUUACUUUCUUCAUGGAUAAUGUCCUUGAUGUCAUUCCACAACUCGCCUGGUCUUCUAUCACUAGUGUUCAAUGCGUCAAGGUAUUCUUCAGAUGGUCUCUAAAUUCAGGUGGGAUAUACUCAAGGUCAUAUUUUGGCUCUCGUGGACUUGCUCUGAUUUUCUUCAGUUUCAGCUUUAACUUGCAUAUGAGCAAUUGAUGGUCUGUUCCACAGUCAGCCCCUGGCCUUGUUCUGACUGAUGAUAUUGAGUAUUUCCAUUGUCUCUUUCCACAGAUGUAGUCAAUUUGAUUUCUGUGUGAUUCAUGUGGUGAGGUCCAUGGGUAUAGUCACCGUUUAUGUUGAUAAAAGAAGGUAUUUUCAAUGAAGGAGUCGUUGGUCUUGCAAAAUUCUAUUAUUUGAUCUCUGGCAUUGUUUCUAUCACCAAGGCCAUAUUUUCCAGCUACUGAUCCUUCUUCUUUGUUUCCAACUUUUGCAUUCCAAUCGCCAGUAAUUAUCAAUGCAUCUUGAUUGCAUGUUUGAUCAAUUUCAGACUGUAGCAGCUGAUAAAAAUCUUCUAUUUCUUCAUCUUUGGCCCUAGUGGUGGGUGCGUAAAUUUGAAUAAUAGUCAUAUUAACUGGUCUUCCUUGUACGCGUAUAAAUAUUAUCCUAUCCCUGACAGUGUUGUGCUUCAGGAUAGAUCUUGAAACAUUCUUUUUGACAAUGAAUGCAACACCAUUUCUCUUCAAGUUGUCAUUCCCAGCAUAGUAGACUAUAUCAUUGUCUGAUUUAAAAUGGCCAGUACCAGUCCAUUUCAGCUCACUAAUGCCUAGGAUAUCGAUAUUUAUGCAUUCCAUUUCAUUUUUGACAAUUUCCAAUUUUCCUAGAUUCAUACUUCGUACAUUCCAGGUUCCAAUUAUUAAUGGAUGUUUGCAGCUUUUCCUUCUCAUUUUGAGUUGUGCCACAUCAGAAAAUUAAGGUGCCAAAAGCUUUACUCCAUCCACGUCAUUAAGGUCAACUCUUCUUUGAGGAGGCAGCUCUUCCCCAGUCAUCAUUUGAGUGCCUUCCAACCUGGGGGGCUCAUCUUCCAGCACUAUAUCAGACAAUGUUCUGCUGCUAUUCAUAAGGUUUUCACUGGCUAAUGCUUUUCAGAAGUAGGCUGCCAGGUCCUUCUUCCUAGUCUGUCUUAGUCUGGAAGCUCAGCUGAAACCUGUUCUCCAUGGGUGACCCUGCUGGUAUCUGAAUACUAGUGGUAUAGCUUCCAGCAUCACAGCAACACACAAGCCCCCACAGUACGGCAAACUGACACGUGGGGGUGGUCUCAUACAGAUAAUUUUUUAGAACAGUGCAGUACUCAAGGGUGACAAUCUUUAGUUUUUGAGCUGAACUGCUAUUUAGUUAUAAGGUGACUUCAGGGGAAAGCUUUGCUUCAAGGCUUGAAGAGUAUCUCAGGACAAUAGUUUCAGUGAUUCCUCCAGUCUCAAUUGUCCAGUAAGUCUGGAUUUACUCUGGUUAGUUUUUCUUCCUAGCAUGCUUCACCCCUCUGGCAUCUAUUAAACAGAGGCCCUAUCCGUUUCUUGUCUAUAUCUCCCACUAGACUGCAGCUCCAGGAGAUGGGGACUUGGCUUUGCUCUCGACUGUGUCCCCAGGACCCAGGAAUAGUAGGUAUUCCAUAAACACCUGUUAGGUGAAGGAAUGAAUGAAAACAAGUGAGCGAAUUGUAUGCUGGGAAGAACUGGCUCCUGGGAAUUAAGAGGUCUGGGUUCAAAUCUCAGCUAGGUGACCCAGGUUGAUUAUUUGCCUCUCUGUAACUCGGUUUCCCUAGCCGUGCUCUAAGGAAUUUGUGGCUCUAGGUUUGGGAAGGGAAGACUCGGCUGUGAAGGAGAUGGGGCCUGUGGGGAAGGGAGCCAGGGCCCUUUCCCUAUCGAGGCUGAGGUCCUCUUGGGGAUGAAAAUAGCCCAGCCCCUCGCUUGGCCCCCACCCGAACUGUGGCGUCCAGGUGGAGCCAGGGAGCUCUGUGUGGAGCCUGCCAGCCUGGCGCUGGGCUGAGAUAGAGGUCCUUGACAGCUGGGCCAGGCAGCCCUGGGGGUUCUUAAGAGCCUGUUUGAUGUCCCUGACCUCCCUCCCCACCUAUCCUUCCUCCCUCAGCGUCCACUGGCAGGACAAAUCCCUUAAUCCUCAACAUGCCUGCUGCCUUUGCAGCUUGCAAAGCUGUCUCUGGGUCUGUGUCUAAGUUCACCCCUGCACAGUAACUAUUAGCGGGAACACUGAGGCUCAGAGAGGGCAGAUGCCUAGUUACACACUGAAGACCUGGUGCAGCUACUACAAUUCACAUCUAGGUUUGGCCCACCCCUUCCCCAGGUUAGGAUGUGCCAGUGUGUGUGUGUGUGUGUGUGUGUAGACUGGCAUGACCCCAGUUGAGCCUCACUGCCAAACAGUGCACUCCAUCACCCCCUGCCCCCCAGGCCUCUAAUAGUGUGUGGCGGUUAAGAGCACCUGGGGCCAGGCUGCCUGGGUUCAAAUUCUACUUUUGCUACUUCCCAACUGGCUGUCCUGUUGAGCAUCCAGACCUCCCCCAUACUGGCCCCCAUCCCUCAGUGUCCACCGGUUGGACAAAUCCCUUAAUUCUGGACAUUCUCAUGACUAACAAUGUAUGCAUUACAUAGGGUUUUUUAUUUUUUUAACAUUUAAUUAGUUGCUAAUAUUUAAACAUUUAAACCAUGGGAGAAUAGCAUACAAAAGCCAACGAAUGAAUAUAAAUCAAGUCCCAUGCACCUCCCGUGUGCCUGGCACAGAGCAAAGCCCUCCCCGGCUGCUCACCCCUCCUUUUCUGAUGCCUCGUGAAGAGGGUGCAAUGACCGUCUCCUCCAACGCAGUCUCAGAGAGGUGAAGCCAUGAGCCCGAGGUCACAGUGCCGGGGAGGGCAGAGUCCGGGAGAAAGGGGAGGCUCACCCCUCUGGGACUGUUGUGCCCCCGGGCUGGUGUGUCACCCUUUCUGGGCCUGGGUGCUCUCCUUGACAAAACCAAGGUGGGGCUGUGUGAGAGGAGAGGGAUGGGGAGUCCAGCCCCAGCCCCAGCCCACUGUCAUUACCUAGGACUGUGAGUACUUACACAAAACCGAAAUCUCAAUAAAUGUUAUUGUAUGUUAUUCUCUCACUGUUUAAAUGUGGGCAACUAAGAAUUUGAAUCUAAAAGUACCCCACGCAAAUGAUAUAAUGUUAAUUAUUAUACCAGCGUUUGCAAUAGCGAACAAUUGCAAAUGUCCUUCCAUAAAAAAAAAUGGUUAAUAGACUCCACCCAGCCGUGCAAUGGAAUCCUACUAAGCCGGCAGAAAUAGCAAGGACGCCCUCCCUGGACGCGAUGCAUUUAGCAGAGCACGCAGUUCAGGGAACAAAGCAAGGUGCAGAACAGCACGCACUGCACUCUGUGCUACUAUUCUUGGAAACGAGAAUAUGUAUCCAUGCACACUUGUACUGGCAUCAAAUCCCCUGCAGAGUUAUACGGGGAACCUGACACCUUGGGUGCCUCUGGGGAGGGGGCCCAGCUGGCUGGGCGAGGAGUCGGAGGGAGAUUUGCUUUUUACCUUUGGUUGGAAAACAACCCAACUCGUUGCUGUUGUCGAUUUUGAGUCAUGGCGACCCCAUGUGUUAUGGAGUAGAACUGCUCCGUAGGGUUUUCUUGGCUGUAGUCUUUAUGGAAGCAGAUUGGUGCUGCUGAGUGGGUUCGAACUGCCAACCUUAAGGUCGGUAGUUGAGCACAGACCAUCUGUGCCAUUUGAAUUUUAAACCAUGUGAAUGUAUGAUCUAUGCAAAAAAAGAAAAAGCAAUUUAAAAUAAACUGAAAGAAAGUAGAUGAGGAAGUUGAAGCUGACGAAAAGAAAAACACCAGGCUUGCAGGCUCAGCCAGCCAUGGCCCCACUGGCAACCUCAGGCCACAUUCUAGGCUCUGCCCAGUUUAGUUUUGUGGCUCUAUCCUCUAUGUUAAUAUUUUGGUUUCCACACACACAGCACCCACGGGAAACCCCAGCCAAUGGGCACCAGGUUCCAGCCGGGCCGCCCGCAGGUUGGUGGUGGGCAUGACAGCCCGAGAAUGGCGACGUCCAAAAUGCCUGAGCGAUGAUGCGGCCCGACAGAAUGCUGCUGCUUCCCACGGUCUUGCAGGCCCUGCCCGUCUGGUGUUUGUCUUCCAGCCUCCAGGUGGGUGUGUGGACACUUCAAAGCAGCCAUCCUCAGCAAUUAACUCUGUACCUGCAGGGACUGAAUUCAUGCAUGCAUGCAUUCCUUCAUUGUUCCUCAAAUAUUCAUUGAGCACCUUGUUGUUGUUGUUAGUCGUCAAUGAGUCUGACUUGUGGCGAUCUCAUGUGUGACAGGAAAACAUUGCCCGAUCCUGUGCCAUCUUCAUGAUCCUUUGUGUUUUGAGUCCAUUGUUGUGGCUAUCGUGCCAAUUCAUCUCAUGGAGGGUUUCCCUCAGUUUCGCUGACCCUCUACCUUACCAACCAGGAUGUCCUUUUCUAGUGUGCCAAAUACAGUUCUAGACGUACUGAAUGUACAGCAACGAACAAAACAAAUAAAACUUCCUGCCUUCAUGGGGAUCACAUUCCAGUGGGGAGACAGACAAUAGCCAGAUGGUGGGAAUGCUGAGGAGAAACCAAAGCAGGAAAGGGGAAUGAAAGAACACAGGUUUUUUCAUUUUUACUGAGGUAUAAUUGAGAUAGGAAAAAAUUGACCCAUUUGGGUAUAUAGUUCCAUGAGUUUUGAUAUUUUACGUGUCUGUGUAUCCACCGUAACAAACAAGUUAUAGAACAUUUCUAUACCCCCCUAAAUUUCCUUCAUACCCCCUUGCAUCAAUCCCAACGCCCACCCCACUCCCCACCUGAGAAACCACCGAUGAUUUUUCCUAAAUUUGUCUUUUCUAGAGUUCAUACAAAUGAAAUCACAAAGUAAACGUCUGGCUUCUUUCAAAGUAAACGUCUGGCUUCUUUCAUUAGCAUACUACACGUGAGAUUUAUCCACAUUGUUGCGUGUACCAGUAAUUCGUUCCUAUUUAUUGCUGAGUAGUAUUCCAUUGUGUGACUGUAGCAUAAUUUUUAUCCAUUUGACCCAUUGAUGGACGUUUGGGUUGUUUCCACUUUUUGGCUAUUACAAAUAACGCUACUGUGAGCAUUCCCGUCCAGGCAGUCCCUGACUUACCACGUAUUGAAGUUACGACAAAGGGCACUUAUGACCAUCUAGUUAUUUAUUUAGGUGCAUCUUAUUUUUAGUAAUACGUAGUACAUACACUGUUGCAGUGUGUAAUUUGCUGAUGUUAUCAUUCUCAGAUGUUCACUCGUAGAUGUUCAGUGUUAUGAUUUAUAAAAAUACUGAUAAUAAAAGGCAAGAAUAACUAAAACUAAAAAAAAAAAAAAAGAGCCAUUCCACUUACAUUAGGAUCAACUUACAACAGAGUUGUUGGAAGGAACCUAGUUGUAAGUCAGAGACUACGUGUACAGGUUUUCGUGUGAAUAUAGGUUGUCAUUUCCCUUGCGUAGAUACUCAGGAGUAGGAUUGUUGGGUCUCAUGGUAAGUGGAUGUUUAACCCUAUUAGAAACACGGACUGUGCUUUUGAACAAGCUCAGGGGAGGUCUCGCUGACCAGGGGCCUGAAGGGAGGACGGGGGCAUCUCAUGGCUGUCUACAGGGCACCCAGGCGGGAGUGAGCCUGGUGUGUGUGAGCACCAGCAUGGAGUCAGUGUGGCAGGGGUGGAGAGAGUGAGGGGAGAGGGUAGGAUGUGUGUAAUGGGGCUGGGCCAUGUAGGGCCGUGUAGGUCAUGGUGAGAACAUUGGUUUUAUUAUCAGAGCCCACAGGAGGGAUCUGAGUUUGGGUAGGAAGGGAUCAGACCUAUGUUUUAACAGGCCCCUUCUGUCUGGGAAGUUGAGAAUGGGCUGCAGGGCAGUGAAGGUGGAGGCAGGGAGGCCAGUGAGGAGGCUGCUACCAUAGUCCAGGGGGAGAUGCCGGAGGCUGGGGCCAGGAGGAGAUGGGGGGGUGUCAGACUGUUGAUUCUGGAUCUGCUCUGAUGAUAGGAUAGGCAGGACUUGGGGAUGUACUGGAAUUAGGGUGUGAGGGAAAUGGGACCUGCAGGAUGGCUGGGACCUGAGGGCGGCCUAUAGGAGCUGAGAGUGACUCUGCAGCCAAUAGCCAGCAAGGAAACGGGGACCUCAGCCCUAUCCCUUAAGAAGCUGAAUUCUGCCAACCCCAUAUGAGCUCGGAAGAGGACCCUGGACUCCGGAUGAGAACGCAGCCCAGCCAGUACCUUGAUUUCAGCCUGGUGAGACCAGAGCAGGGGACCUGGCUAUGCCCUGCCUGGACCUCUGUCCUACAGAAAUUGCGAGCUAAUAGGUGGGUGUUGCUCUAAGGUGACAAGUUCUUGGUCAUUUGUUUCGAAUCAGUAGAUGACUAAUACAGGCAUCCUGCUGCAACAAUGAGCUCAAGCAUAACAAUGAUUGUAAGGAUGGCUCAGAACCGGGCAAUGUUUCAUUCUGUUGUGCACAGGGUCCCUAUGAGUUGGAACCAACUCGAAAGCACCUAACAACAACUACAACAACAGGCAUCCUAGUGUUAGAGCUAAAAGGGUACUUAGUAACCAUUGAGCCCAACCCCUCAUAUACAGAUGGGGAAACUGAGGCCCAGAGAGCAGACAGGACUUGACCCCUGGUUUCCGUAGGGAGGCAACAUCGGGCAGAAGCUGCCCCAGCCUUUGAGGCCCUACCAGCCCCCAGCCUCUCAUCUCCCAGGAGGCUGCUGUGCCAGCCUCUUCUGCCAGCUCCUCCUCCUCCAGGCAUUGGUCCCCUCCAGAGGGUUGGCUUCUGGCCACCCACAGAGUACCCUCAGCUUCUGCCACACUGAGCUCGGGCAGGGUCCCCACUGGGCCAGGCCAGCUGGCCAGGAGGUAGACAGAGCCCUCGCCCCCACAGGCAGAGCAUAGCCCAAGGGUGCAGGAGCCAAAGCCGAAUCUGAGACCUAGGGAGAGGGAGGGCCCUGGCUAGAACCCCAGCUCUACUAGUCACCAGCUGUGUGACCCUGGGCAAAAUACGCUCCUUGGCUAUGGAGAGCCAAUGAGCUAAUGCAUGGUGGGAACUCCAUACUGCACACCCCCAAGCUUUUCCUCCUCAGGGGCCUGGAUUUCCCAUCUGCUAAAUGGUUAUGUACCCUAGAUGUGGUCUGGGGCACCUCACAGCUCCUGCAGCUGAGUGUUUUAAGAGUCUAGCUUCCUGGGUUCAAAUUCAAUCUCUGCUUCUUACUAGCUAUGUGACCAUGGAUGAGUCACUUAAUCCUCAGAGCCUGAGUUUCCUCACCUGCAAAAUGGGGCUAUCGAUAAUACCUACCAUUACAUGGGAGCCCUGGUGGUGCAGUGGUUAAAGAGCUUGCCUGCUAACCAAAGGGUCAGCGAUUCGAAUCCACCAGCCACUCCUUGGAAACCCUAUGGGUCAGUUCUACUCUGUCCUAUAAGGUUGCUAUGAGUCGGAACUGACUCAACAGCACCUAACAACAACAAAACACCCAUUGCAUGAGAGGUGCAUGUUAGAUACCUAGUAGAGUACCUCAAAAAAUGUCAGCUAGUUUUUAUUAUCUUCAUUCCGAGUGUGUGAGUUAGGUCGUACCUGUUGGAAGGCGCACUAGAACAGAGCCUCCCAGGGCUAAGGCAAGUUUGGUUUCUUCGGAGGCAAAUGUUUGUGGACUGGGCCAGGCCUGCAUGUAUUUCCCUCAACCCUCUGUCCCUGCAGCCACAUUGAGUCAGGUCCCUAUUAUCACAGUGCUUGUAAAGGUAGGAGUUCCUGGGUAGUGCAAAUGGUUAACACACAUGGUUGCUAACUGAAAGGUUAGAGGUUCAAGUCCACCCAGAGAUGCCUCAGAAGAAAGGCCUGGUAAUCUACAUCUGAAAAAUCAGUCACUGAAAACUCUGUGGAGCACAGUUCUACUCUGACACACAUGAGGUCACCAUGAGUCAGAGUCAACUCGACAACUGGUUGUAAACUAUGACCCCAACGGCAGGUUUGGGGAAACACAAAUAUACCUUUAGUUCUAUUCCUUGUUCUGGCAACUCUCUCCUGUUUUCCUCUAGUGGGAUGGCAAUAGCUUGUGUAAAUGUCUGGGGGUGAGAAUGGGUGUCAUAGACACAAACUGGGGUGGCCGUCACUACGAGGUCUCCCACUGGCCAGUUAUGAAUUAUGCACCCUGUCCUCUGACCACAGCUGACUCGCUGGUGUUAGCAGAUACCUGACUGCAGGCUGGGUAAUCCAGAGUCUUGGGAAGAACAGCAAAAACUACCGAAAACUACACGUGCGGGAAUGUAUGUACGUAAGCAUAUGUGUGUAUAAGUGUGUAGAUGUGAGGGAGCCCUGGUGGCGCAGUAGUUAAGCACUUGGCUGCUAACCACAAGGUCGGAGGUUCCAGCCCACCAGGCUCUCUGCAGCAGAAAGAUGUGACAGUCUGCUUCCGUAAAGGUACAACCUUGGACACCCUACGGGGCAGUUCUACUGUCUCCUAUAGGGUCACUAUGAGUUGGAAUCGACUUGACAGCAAUGUGUUUGAUUUGAUGAAUUUUAUGUAUGUAUAUUUUAUGAAUUUUAUGACUUUUUUUUUGACUGGUCAACUUUCUAUGAAAUUUAUUUUCAUCAUACUUUCACAAAUUAUUCAGUUAACAAUAGUGACCUCGAGUCCCAUGGGGCUAUAGGUUCUAAAUACUGGACUUAAAAUCAGAAGGUACAGGAUUUGUUGUCAAUAUCAUUUAAUAUUUAUUAAAUAGCAACCCACUGGCCAACACUGUCAUUUACGUUUCUGCUCUUAAGGCACUUAAGCUCUGGAGUAGUCACAACAGACAGGAUAGUCACACAACGCAGAAAACCAAGACAGCAUUCACCUAGCUACAAGUAUCCCUGGAUUUGUUUACUAAAUAUGCCCAAGCCAAUUUGGCAGAAAAGAAAAUUGUGUGUUUUAAAAUUCAUUUUCCAAUUACGCAGCAUUCCUUGUACCGCAGAAUACCCAGCGGUCCUACUUUACCAGCAGGCGCCAGUCCCACGAGCAAGCUGAAGCACAGUCAGGCUGCACAGCUCCCACCAUGGUUGGAAUGCAGAGACAAGUCCCAGCUCCAAAGCUGAACUAAAGAUUUAAGCUUCCAAGAAGCCUGAGCCUUUUAAAACGACGGUUGAUGCUUCAAUUCACUGAUUCUUUCUUAAAGUUCCUCUCUGCAAAUUUUAUGAAGAGUUAACAUUCUAGAGUUGGAAGGAACUUGGCAUAAGAGCACACAGACUUCAUGUUUGUUAGAAAGUGACUGCACCAGGACUUGAUCUCCAGCCCCAGACCAGUUCUGUUUUUACUACACCAAACUAGGCUGGGGAAUAUUUGGAAAUGACACCAGCGUUGGUUCUUUAGGAACAUGGGUUAGGUCUGGGUUGCCUAAGGGAAAAUUCCAGGAGAUCUUGAACAGAGUUCCAGGUACACUGGGAGCAAAAAAACCUAGCAAAGGAGAAAUACAGGACACAACUUGGGUAUAAGGAGACAAAGAACUAAAUGGUAGGAAGGAGUGGGGGAUAGGUUGGAGAGUAGUAUAAAAGAAGCAGAAACAGGAACCCUGGGAUGGCUGGGGUCAAGGGACUGGAUGCCCUUAAGGCCAGUAUGAUACAUCUCAAAUAGUUUAGGAGUGCUGUGAGAAACAUACUGUCCUAACUGGCUUUGCCACAGGGGGUUAACAUUGGGAAAUUCUUUCUCUGUGCUUUGGCUUUCCCCAUUUUAAAGUAAAGAUAAUAAUGUUUUGCCUUGACAUUUUUCAAAGAGGACCCAGACAGUAACGCAUGCCCCGGAGCAACACAGAGUCUUCAAAGAACACCAGAUUUGAAUACUAGCUUUGUAACACACUGGCUCUGUCCUAGGACACAUCCCUAAAUGUCCCCUAAACUCAUUUUGAAUCUCUAUAAAAAUAAGGGAUUGGGGCCCCUGAAUUAAGGUCUGUUCCACCUCUAUGGUUUCCAUAUGUGAAGGGUUUUAAGCCUCCUAAAGGGAAGUUUUUGUACAAAUGACUUUACGAGCCUCGUCAUCCCAACCUUUCUCCCUGGCUGCUGUCCUCCUCAGCCCAAGCAAGAGAAUCACUUAAAAAGGAUUCUAAAAUAUAAGUAAUGGGAAGAAGAGAAGGGAGGGCUUUAAAUGGACUCUUUAGAGUAAAGCAUAUCAAGCCAUUAAUGCUGAAUUUUAUGAGUAUAUAUGUGUGUAUAUAUAUGUGUAUGCAUAUGUAUAUGCAUCUAUGUGACUCUAUGCACAUAUAUUCAUAUAUAUAAUAAAACACAUGGGGGGCACAAUUACAGAUACUUCUUAGAUACAACCAAACACCUUGCAGGGUUGAUUUUCUGAGUCUGAAGGAUUGGGACCAUAAUCUCUUGGAAUAUCUUGGUCAAUUGGCAUAAUAUAGUUCAUACAGUUAUGUUCUAUAUUCUGUUUGGUGAGUAGUGCCUGGGGUCUUCAUAGCUUGUGAGCGGCCGUCUAAGAUACAAGUAUUGGUCUUUACUUAUCUGGAGUGAAAGAGAAAGAAGGAAACCAAAGACUCAAGAAACUAGUCUACAUGACAAAUAGUCUACAUGAACCAUGGCCUCAUCUACCCUGAGACCGGAAGAACUAGAUGGUGCCCGGCUACCACUACUGACCAUUCUAAUUAGGGCCACAAUAGACGGACAGAACAUGUGGAACAAAAAAUGUGGUAAACAGUUCAAUGCAGAAAAAUGUGGAACAGAACCUCAAAUUCCUUAAAAAAAACAACCAACUAACCAAACAAACAAAAACAGACUUGACUGAACUGGUUGAGACUAGAGGACUCCCUGAGACCAGUGCCCUGAGGUACUCUUCAAACCUUGAACCGAAACAACCCCUGAGGUCACCUUGUAGCUAAAUAACAGAUUGGCUCACUAAAUAAUUAAUACCACGUGUAAGUACUGUGCUCCUUUAAACAUCACCUAUAUGCGACCAAAUGGGCAACAUUACUUUAAAACAAAGACAAGACUGUAAGGGGGCAGGGAAACUAGAUUAAUGGAAAUGGGAUAUCCAUAACCAGAAUAAUGAGAAUGUUCACACAUUGUGAAGAAUGUAACCAAUGUCACUGAACAAUUUGUGUAGAAAUUCUUAAAUGGGAACCUAAACUGCUGUGCAAACUUUCACAGAAAACACAGUAAAAUAUUAUUUAAAAAGAGAGAAAGAGAAUGAGAGAAUGGAAUCCAGACUUUCUGGAGCCAUUGAGGCUAGAGGAACCCCCAAAUCUAUUGUCAUGAGUUAAUCUUUAAAUUUUAAAUCUCAAACCAAGACAAUCCCCUGAAGUCUUCUUUGAACCAAAAAAUAAUUUCUAUUAAUUAGUAAAGUAUGUCUGCCUUGAGCAUUGUGCUCUUUUAAAGAAUUAUGUGAGAUCAAAUUGAAAGGUUGAAUGGGAAGCUUAGGGGGCAGUGAGUUUAAGAUAAUUGUUGUAGAAUAAUUUGGAAAAGAUAAUGAGAAUGGUAGCACAACUUGAAGAAUGUAACCAAUGUCACCGAGUUGUACAUAUAGAAAUUGUUGAAAUGGUUUAUCUUUGGCUGCAUGUAUUUUUACCAAAAUAAAAAAAUUAUUUUUAUUUUUUAAAGAGGAGUCUCAGGGAAUUUGAAAUUUGACUGGAGGCACACAGGCAGAGGGUGGUUGGAGAUGAAUCAUUCCCAGGCAGUACACUAGACAGGAAGUCCACAGGCUCUGCACUGAGCUUGCCAGAGAUACCCUUUCCAGUCAUUCCCUGAGGAGUACUCAUGCUAAGUGUUCAUUCUUUCCCCAUCCUGGGACUUCCUUCCCUUAAAUCUACUGUUGGGCUUUUAGUCAGUUUCUGAUGUUUAUCACCCCAAUCUCCUCAGUUGAUAUGGUAAUUUGAGGGGCAUAGCUUGGUGGGGUGUCGAGGGCAGACUGUGGGAUGGAGCAAGGACCCUUUGUUCUGUGCAAGCAGCUGUGGGAUGGGAGAAACAGCACUGGUCUUGGAGUCUGGCUCUCCAUGACUUACUGGCUGUGUGACCUUGGGCAAGUCAUUCAGCCUCUCUGUGUGAUCAAGUGAGACAGAACCAAGAGGAACCUUAGUGAACAUUAGGAUGAUCACCCUACCUCCCACUUUGCAGAUGGGGAAACCGAGACCCAGAGAGGAAAAGGGCUUUAGUUAAGGGCACACAGCAGGUUUAGGGCAGACCCAGGAGAGUUUCUGGGUCCCCCAACUCCCAGUCCUGGGAGGGGGAGUUCCCGCAGUGGGAAGCUCACCUCUAUUAGCAGGGCCUAUUUCUGGAUGAACCUUGGGUCCCGAAGUACGUCAGAGCUCACAAAAUCCUUUCCCAUUCAAAGUGGCAGUUGGCCUUGGCAACGGUACCAACAUCCCACUUGAGGGCUGAAUAAACUGAGGCUCAUAGAGGGACGGGGACUUGUCCAACGGUCACACUGCAAGUUCAUGGCAAAGCUGGGGUCUGAGUCAGAUCUGAGCAAAGGCUAGGCUCUUUGCUCUAAUUUAGUGUUUCUCAGACUGGUAUCUCAGGGUGUACUGGGGGGAGGUGUUAAUGAGGUUUCCAUAAGAAUUUAAAAAUUGUGUGUGGGUGAGUGUAAAGCACAUGUGUACAAAAGUGAACCGUAAGUACUUGUCCACUGUGGACCUUCUGCCUGAUGGCAGGAACCACUUGGAUGAAUAGCAUCCCCACAUCUCCUGGGCCCUGGGGGCUGAAAGACUGGACUGGGGGAGGGGGAGGGGCCAGGCAGAGAUGGAAGGUGCAUCAGAGGUGGGAAGGCAUCAGGUGAAGGAGGGGUUUAAGGGCAAGCAUGGCCCCAGCUGCUGGCCUGAGGCUUCUUGUGAGACCUGGGCCUAGUGUGCAAGGGGGAGUGGCAGGGGGAAAAAAAAGGAGACAGUUGCUAUGGUGAACCCUUCCCUUAGUGAGCCUACUGACUAAAGAGCAUCUGAGACCACAGUCCUUGGGCUAGGCUGCCUGUGGGGAGUGGAUGUUCUUGGGCAGCCAACCCUCCAUUCCCACCAUCCUUCUCCACACUCAGAGGUCCUGGGGCGAGUAGCCUAGAGGGGUCAGUCCAAAGACGGGUCCCUCUGAUAGCACCUCCUUCUCCCUGAAAAUCCCUUCCCUUCUCCCCAACUGUGUCUCUCUGUAUAUCUUUCCCCAAAUGCUGGCAAUUCUGAUUAACGGUUGUUUUCUUCCUCAAGGUUAAGCGAUACCAACAAAAAUCAUACAUAUGUAUCAUGUGGAUUAUUUGUGGUCAUUUGUUCACCCUCAUACCUGUGCCAUACUGGGUUAAUUAUUACAGCUUUGUGUUGUGUUUUAUAAUACAAAUGACACUGCGAUGAGCGACCUUGCAUAUAUAUUGUGUGGAAGAUCACUGGGCCAAAGGUAAAGGCAUAUGUAGUAUUGUUAGGUGCCCUCCAGUAGGUUCUGACUCAUAGCGACCCUGUGUACAACAGAAUGAAACACUGCCCAGUCCUGCCCCACGCUCACAAUCAUUGCCAUGUUUGAGCCCGUUGUUGCAACCACUGUGUCAAUCCAUCUCAUUGAGGGUCUUCCUCUUUUUCACUGACCCUCUACUUUAAAGUUUUUGGCAAUUGCCAGAUUCCUCCCAAAGACCUUUCUUUGUGUUCACAUUAUAUUUGUAUAUUUAUAAACUACCCUCUACAUUAUUAUCUUGAUCACUUUUGGUUACCUUUUAAGAACUUUUUAUAAUAAUAAUAUGAUAUUAUUUUAUAAUAAUAUACAUAGAGAACCAAAGAAACCAAACCAGUUGCCGUCGAUUUGACUCCGACUCCAUGUGUGUAAGUCUAGAACUCUGCUGAUCUUUCAAAAGUAAAUAGCCAGACCUUUCUUCCAAGGAACCUCUGGUGAACCACCAACCUUUCAGUUGGAAGCCCAGGGCUUAACUCUUUAUGCCACCCUGGGGCUCUAACACACGUAAAGCGCCCAAGGAAAGGUACAGCUUGAUGAAUUAUCACAAACUAAACGUGUGUGUAACCCUUACUCAAGUCAAGCAACGAACAUUCCUAGCACCCCAAAAGCUGCCCUAGCACCCCUCCUAAUGAAUACUCCCUUCCAUUGUAUGCAUUUCCCACUAUCCAUAUUCCUUUUGAAGUUUCCAGUUACAGGUGAAUAUGUUCUAUAUUCUUUGGCUUCUGGCACAUUCAGAAACCAGGACCUGUUGCAUGGAUGCCAUGUUUGUUAGACACUCCUUUAUGUUUCUUUUGGUCGAGUGGUUCUCCAGCUAGGUUCCUGUAGGAUCCUCUAGUCUUUUCCCAAAUCAGAGGAAAAUAAUAAAGACAUCGAUGGGCUUCUCUCAGUUUAAGAUUUGCUCACUUGUUUACUACCAAGUUUCAGCAGUGACAAAUGACCAGGCAACAGGAAAUAAUGGGAAAAUCCAGGAAUGCCACAGGCUGUAUUGAGAAUAAGAGUGACCACCAUUUAUGGACAGGGGUCUGGUACAGACCUUUCACAAGCAGGCGAUAGAUUUUCUCUAAAGCUUCAUAAACCCUCGGCAUAAUAGGUAUCACGGUCCCUAUUUCAUUGGGAGGGAAAACUGAGAGGGGAAGUAACCUUCCCAAGGUCACACAGCUCACAGGCCAGUUGGGAGGAUGGGAAAGACUGCAGGAUCUGGGCUGCUGUGCUGGCUGUUUAGGCCACAUCUGCUGUGCCCUCUCCUUUGUCUGGUGCCCAAGGCGCUGCCUGUACUAGUCCCUGCGGGGCUCUGGUGUCUUCCUCUUCCUGAACUCUUGGAAGCUUCCCCUUGGGCCAGCCCCUGGGCCUUUGCAUGUGCUGGUUCCUCUGCCUGAAACCCUCCUUUCCUCUUCACCUUUCCCAGCUAA